AUGAGCUUGUAUCAAAUUUUAGAUGUGGUGCGUUUUUUUAUUCGAUUUUCUGAACAUGAAUCUUUUCCAGGACGAACAUUUCCAAAGCCUCGAAGUCAACGUAUGGAUGGUUCAAGUUUGAGUAAUUCAAAAAAAAAAAAAACGAAAAGAUAUCUUUAGAACUGGUACGACGAGUUCUUGGACUGGAACCCCCUGGAGUACGGUAUGAUCAACCGGACGAUCGUACCGUAUAACCAGAUUUGGAUCCCCGACACUUACCUGUACAAUAGGUGAAGCCUUUGAAAUUUGAACUUUACCAAAAAAAAAUUGGUUAUGUUCGAUUUGUGAUUGACAUAUUCCAUGUAUCACUCUUGGUUAGCGAAGAUAUUAGUUUUUUGGUCGCAUUUGGAAUGACUCAUCGACUCUGUACUAGGAAAUUUAACUUUGAAUUAGGAGAACAGCACCACUCUAAUUGAAACAGAACUUUUCCCGGAAAACUGGGAAACUUUUUAGUGGCCACUAUAGGGUUUUGACGUUUUAGCGGCCACUAAAGUAGUCAAAUUAGUGGCCGCUUAAGGGGUCAAAGGUUAGUGGCCGCUAUAGAGGUCUAAGUGCUACUACUAGCCUACUUAAAACUACUCUAGUGGCCACUAAGACCCAAAAUAGCGGCUUCUAGAGAGGUGGUUUUGGUGGCCACUUUAGUGUCCUCUCCAAGUAGGCAAGCCUCUAUAAAGGCCACUAAAAAUUUUCCCAGAGGAAUGAAAUUUUUUUUUUUGAAAGAACCUAGGAACUCUAGAGUGUUCCUUAUAGGGGCAAUCUUAUGGGCCCUUGAAGGGUGCCCUCUAAACUUUACCAACCCCUUUAGGGGCCAAUAAAAGCUUGCGAAAGAGGUCCCCAUAGUGGGCAUGCUAGUCGACAACUGUUAUAAACUCUGUGCGAAAAAGCAUUUCCAUGGGGAAAACCGAACCAAUAAACGUUUUUUGAACGAAAUUGAAGGACCCCUAUAGGGACCACUUAAGCUUUAUGGGCUAAGUGGUCAGACCUUAGACUCCUAUAGGGUCCAACUUAAAUUUACGCCCAUACUACUUUUUCGGCCCUUAUAGGGGUUGUUUUACCCUCGAACCCCAAUAGGGAGCACUCUGGGAAUCCUAAGAAGCUUUAGUACUUGAGCCAAUAAAAAAUGACUUUUUUUAUAAGGGAUGUUACGAUUUUUAAACGGGAUGAUUCAAAAAAAAAGUUGAACUUAAAAGUUUUUCGGUAUAGUUGGUCCGGAUUUUGAAUAUCAAACACAAUGACGUCAUUCGAAAACGCUCCGUGGAUGGCUCGCCUUCUGAUUGGUUUAUCGGGCAAUUAGGGGCGGAGCUUGAGUGAUGGCUUGACAUUCAAAAUCUGUACUGACUGUAAAAUUUCAACUGCUUCUGAAUAAAUUAUUGAUUUUUUCUAGUGAGGAGCUGGAGCAGAAAAAGACAGAAUCGCUGAUGAACGCCCAGCUGGAGACGGGCUAUUGGGCCAACGAUUCGUUGGGAGCCCGAGUUCAGCUCAUGUUCCCGGCCAUUUACAAGCUGUCCUGCCGGAUGGAUGUUCGUGUUUGUUCAUAGGACUGGCCCGGGUCCACCCGGGCUUCGGGAGGGGUAAAGAACCGGAAAAACUUUUAUUUUAACUCAAAAUGUUCACCAAAAAACUCUUAAUGCUUGUGAAUCAUAGUAUCUGUUGAAUUUUAAGUGAAAAUGAAACAAAAACGGGAUUUUUAAGUCGUAAAAAAAGAAGCUUCAUACUUAAAUUGGUGAAAAUUAUCGCUUUUUUUCAGUUUUAUCUGCUUGAAGCCUCGCCAUACAUGUUAUGAGCAUGACUGGCGACAGCUGAGUCCCCCUCACUCAAUGCUAAGCACCCCCUUUUUUUCUCGUUUUUUUGUCAAGUCCCCUCCCUUUUUUUCAGGUCCCAUCGAGACUUACCCAUGUAUGAGCCUCGCUAAGGCCGGGCCGAAUAGGCCUUAGAAAAAUUGUCGUCUGAUGGGGGAGUAGGCUGACAGGGCAGGCCAUCGAAGCAUUGAUUUUGAGAUUUUUUUAGACCUCAUGAUACGAAAUUCAUAUGCUAAGUCGAAAAAAAUGGAAGAUAGAAAAGUUUACAAAGGAAGAUUUUGGCUUGAAAAAAUAUAUUUUCGGUCAAAUUUAGGUCCGCUGGUUUCCAUACGACAGCCAGAACUGCAGCUUCAUCAUCUCCAGCUGGACACAUGAUAAAGUUUCCCGUUUCUUCUAUAAUUCCGAAAAAGAACGUUGUUCCAUCAGAAAACGAUCGAUUAUUGGCCGAAAAGCCAUGACGUCAACCUGAGGAACAUGGCCAAGAACGACGAAUGGGAGGUCGUCAGUUUCGAGUUUGUCCGGGUUGAGGUUGGGGCUUUUUUAGAGCUCUUUUCUCGUCAUUUUUAUACCAAACCCGCCUUUUUCCAGUUGAAAUCGUUUUUUUCUAAAUGAGAAAUAGAUUCGUCUCAGGACCCAUUGAACAUGCGCCUUUAAUAUUCCUUGUUUCCCAUGACGUCACUAGGGAACGACGGUUUUGACUCCGCCCCCUCAUUUUCUUCCACUAACAAAACCGUUUCGAUUUUAAUAUCAAACCCACUUCUUUUCCAGUUAAAAUCGAAGUUGAAACACCAAAGUUAUGUUUUUUUUUUUUUUUCAAAAUGAGAAAUAGAUUCGUCUCGAGACCCAUUGAACAUGCGCCUUUAAUAUUACUUGUUUCCCAUGACGUCACAUGCGGUGGUUUUGACUCCGCCCCUUCAUUUUCUUCCACUAACAAAAACGCCGGGCUCAUAUAGCCUGUUCAGAUUUCCAAUGUCAUGUUAUUCUUCAAGCUCCGCCCCUAGUUCCACGAUAGGCCAAUCAGAGAGUAAUAUUGGAUGACGUCAUUGCGCCUUAUCCGAAUAUAUAGCACAUUGUCACGUUUUUUUUCUGCCAAAUUCGCUUCAAGACCUUGCAGUUUUGUAAUGAAGCGCAAAAAAAAACAAAAUUUACUGUAACUUUUUCAAGUCAUUCCAGGAGUCUUUCAAAUGCUGCGACGCGCCUUGGGUGAUGCUCUACGCGUACUUGGUCAUCCGCAGGAAACCGCUCUAUUAUAUCAUCAACUUGGUGAGACAUUUAUAGCCUUUUCCUCGACUCGGCCAAAGUCGGAUUGGCCCGCUAAAAGGAACAGGCUCAAAAAAGGCCGCAGAAAGGCAGCAAAAAGGGUCCCUUUAUCGAGCCAUUCAUUUUUUUUUUGGGAUUUUAAUACGCUGUCUCUGUAAUUUUCAAAAAGCAACGGUUACAAUAAAAAAAAAAUAUUUUUUGAUUCUGAUGAAACUUCAUCCAGUGUGAUAACCCAUCAUCAGAAAUGCGGACACAACUUUUUGAGCCAUUCCCUCUUACUGUAGUCGGGUUACGGUAGGCUGCUUAUCUAAGUAUUGAGGAGUUUUUACUAGGCAAUAUCAAUCGAUAGGUAAUCCAAUUUCAGGAACUUUUAAAAUGCAUGCCAUCUUCGGUUACUGUAGGAAUUUUCGAGUUACGGUACUUUUUGUCUUUGAAAAGUCGGUUUUUCGGUCACCCUGGUCGUCGCCAUAGAAUCGUAUCGUGAUAGCUUUCAUGGAAUAUGUCUUUUGGUAUGCUCUAAAAGAUGCCACAAAAAAUAAGUUAGAACUUCUAAACCUUUAAAAAGCUCAAGUAAUAGUGGAAAAAAAGGAGAGGCAGCAAAAAUGGUGCAUAUGAGCUUCGAAAAUGGCGCAAAAAGGCAGCAAAAAAGGAACCUUUGUCUCCCUGAAAAUAUGGAGCCUUUUUUCACCCUAUCCGACUUUGCCUAUGUAUUUCCUAGUGUUUUUUCUUCAAUGCAAACUUCCAGGUCAUCCCAACUUCGAUAAUCACGAUUGUCGCCGUGACGGGUUUCUUCACGCCGACUUCAUCUUCCAGCGAAAGGGACGAAAAACUGUUCGUUUUACUUUUUUUGCACUGGGACUGUGGCUCUUGUUUUCGCCUUUUUGAGAAGAAAAAUUGCUUCCGAGUUUUUCUCUUUUCUUUUUUGCAUCACUUAUUGGUGUCCUUGGCCGCUUUUUAGGCCUGUUUCAAGUGAUUUUUUGCGAGUUUUGGAGAACCUUAUUUGAAAGAAAAUUGGAUAUGAUUGUAAAUAUUUUUCAAACCUGAGCCUCAUGAUGAGAAAAGGAUGCAUAAAACUGGAGAAAAACGAAAUGUAUUACCUAAUAUAAGCACCUGUUUAAAAUGACCGGUCUAACGGUAGUUUGGAACGGCUUUUUUGGUCACAAAAUGGAAAUUAUUGUGCUUUUUGAACCGUUAUUCCUUUUUUUUACCUUGAAAGAUAGGGUCCAAACACAAUUCUCUCUUAGUAUUGCCUUUAAAAAAGCGUGUAGCUAAUAUGAACACGAAUAUUCUAAAGUGGUCCCUAUAGGGGCCGAAAAAUUGGUCCCUAUAGCGGUAAAAUCAAGGCGAUCCUUAUAGGGGUGUAGGGUCUGACCCCUUAGUCCCUGAAGUUCAAGUUACCCCUAUAGGGGCCUCUCCAUUUCAUUUUGAGAACGCUUAUUAAUUUAGUUUUUUGCAUGAAAUGCUUCUACGCAUAGAACUUAUCGACUAACAUGUGCCUAUAGGGGUCAUUAAUGAAAAUCCCUAUAGGGAGCACUUUUUCAAGCUUUAUUGGCCUCUAUAGGGGCUGGGGCGCGCCGUAGCCUAACAGGUUGUGUGCCUGUCUACGGUCCACAGGGUCACAAGUUCGAUUCCCGCAUCGACCCAACCAAGGGGUUUAAGAAAUGUUGGUAGUGGGAAACCACGGCUUCAUAAUCCCCAGCCGUCACACACAAGGACGGAUAUGUCACUGGAGCCAGUCCACUGAUUAUCAUCAGGAUAGGACCUCGGCUAAUCGACUUGGGGCGCCGACGCCGCUCAAGCGGUAAAAAGGCGUAAGAAGAAGAAGAAGAUAGGGGCUGGUAAAGUCGUCCUUAAGGUUGCCCCUAUAGGGACCUCUCAGGAGUCCCUAAAAAGAAAGAAAGGGAAAAAAGACACCCACCAGAUGCCGGAGUUAAUGUAAAAUUUGAGAGUUUUGACUGUUUCAGCUACCUCGGAAUCAAUACCCUGCUGACAAUGUCGGUGAUGAUGUUGAUGGUCUGCAACCAGAUGCCGUCCACCAGCACCUAUGUUCCUCUGAUGAGUUCGUCUUGCUUCUUUGAUUCGAAAAUGUGGAUUGAAUUCAUUUUCAGGCUGGUAUUAUAUUGGAAUUAUUUUCGUCAUCGUCGUCGGCACACUUCUGGCCACUAUCGUCUUGGGUGAACUUCACUUUUGAUUUCUUUCAUGGCGUCGGCGCUUCGAAACAGUUCUUAGGAACGUCGAAGAGAUCCCUAGAGGGAUCAGAGAAAAAGAGCCCACUAUAGGGGUCAAAACGCGGUAGUCUAUUGAGAUGCUUCUUCUUACAGAGUUCAUAACAAUGAAUGAUUUUCAUGGCCCCUAUAGUGGCCACUAACUAAAACCCCUGUAGGGGCCACUCAAUAAAAGCCCUGUAGGUGUCCCUCUUGCAAGCUUCAGUAGGGACUACUCUGGAGCUCCUGUCGUCGGAAACAUUUUCUAAUUAUGCAAAUGGGGCGCGAUAAUUUUGCAACGAAGCGGCUUAGAAAACAGAACCCCAUCUGUGUAGAUUUACGAUUUCCGAUUUUCCAGCCAUCCACGGCCAGAAGCACUAUAAUCGGCCCCUGUCAAGCGUCACUCGCAAGCUUAUUUAUAAUCGAAUCGUCGAAUUUCUGAUUUUGAGGUUGAUAAUGAAAAUCCAACAAGAAAUAAUCAAUUUCUAGCCCCCCGACGUCUCUGAUCGACCUCUGGACGGAGUUUGGCGUCAUUUCAGAGCAACGCCUCUCGACGGACCAAAUUGAUCCAUUGUUGCUCCAAUCGAUCGAUCCGGCAUCGGUGAUCAUUUAUUUACUUAUGCUCGGACCAGAGGGUGGGAACAUUCCUAGUGGACACUUUAGUAGUGUGAGCGCUCUUAAGUAAUCCCUUGGAUUGAUCAAAAACGUCCGGAGCGCGUCCGAUUUUCGGUAGCGAAGCCCGAGUGGGAGAUUUGUUUUCUUUUGAAGAUUUUCUGUACGUCUUCAUAAAAUUCAUACAGGAAUCAUCGUUCCACCGACGGCUAUACUUGCUUGAAAGUCCAAUGACUUUAUAAUUUUUCCAAUUUAAAACUUUGUGGAAGGGGGAAGGGGUGCCGAGAAGGCCCACUUAUGAAUCAAUUUAAAUCAGCUUCUUUCCUGAAUUUAUGCGGCUCUAGUAAAUUUUCAAAGAACUGUAGCACCACUUCAGAACAUGCCGCCGACGCCGAGAGUCUUUUUUGGCUCGUUAUCUUCCGAGCUGAGCGACCUACAGUACACCUACACCUACACGGCUCGACUCGCGACAAUCACGCGACAAUACACGGCCCAGGUGGGCUUACCGUAAUUUAUUCAGGAGCAGUUAUCAUUUUCUCAGAGGGGGGGGCGCUUGAAUCAGAGACUCGAAAAAUGAUCCCGCAAGAUUUUCGGAAUUUAGUCGAUUCUUACUCGACUAGUCACGAUUUUUCUUUUCCUUUCCCUUCCGGAAGGCUUCCCUUCAAUGAACGAAGCCUGUUUCUGUGUAUGCGCCUUUAAUAUAGCGGACAUUUUAGGCUAAUUUAAAGGCGCAUACACCGAGACAGGCUGCGCGCAUCGAAAGGAAAGGUUCUGUAGCUUGGAGAGAUGAUCGUUCUUAUUCAGUCUUCAGAGAAGAUUCUCUGCUAAAUAAUGGGGUCAUUGAAAAGUUGAACAGUUCUUUUUCGGUUCUCGAAACUGUAGUUGAUCAAGAACGGUCUGUAGGUCUUCCCGCCCUUCUUUUGAUAUUAUAGACGAAUUUUGAGCAUCCCGAUUGUUUUCCACUCGGGUAAAUUAUGAGAAGGAGGUGGGAAGGUGAAUAAAAGCUAGAAGGUCUUGAGAAGGCUUUCGGCAGGUAGUUGGAAGACCCUUGGAAGGUAGAAUAUUGAAAACUUUGGGCCGGAAGCCAGCCAGCAGGUUUCUGGCAGGCAUCUGGAAGGUUGCUGGCAGGUGUAAAAGCUAUCGUCCCAGCACCAUCCAAGGAAUUGAUUGAGUAUUUCCCACCCCGGAGUAACCCCCGUCAAACUGCAGCCUCACCCCCUCAAAAAAAUGCGGUUUACCUCCCAAAAAGUACGGCCUACCCCCCAAGAAGAGCGGCCUACCCCUCUAAAAAGAGCGGCCUACCCCCCAAAAAGUGGUGCCUCCCCCCAAAAAAGUGUGGCCUACUCCCUAAAAAGUGCGACCUACUCCCCAAGAAGAGCGGCCUACCCCCAAAAAGUGCGGGGGUGGAAUCCAGCUGAUGUAUGAUUUAACUUUAUCCCCAGACCGAAAACUUCCCUUUGAGGCGAAACAACGCGAGCGGCGGUACAACCAGAACCGGAUGAAGCAGGACACGAGCCACGCGAGAAACGUCAAACGACAGAAAAUGUCACGACGGGUGGCGCUAGAAUGGGAGUUCCUGGCGAAUGUACUCGACCGCAUCCUUCUCACCACCUUCUGCGGCUUCACUUUUGCUGUUUUCAUUGUUCUUGUUGCUUUCGACGACUUAUUUACAGUUCAUGAGAAGCCGAUCACUUAUUGAAUUCUUUGAAGGCAUAUAGCCGAUCCACGGCUAACUUGGGACGCUAGGAGGCGUGGCUUGUCUGCGCUCUCCACCAACCAGGCACUGUCUCUUCUCUUUUCGUGGCAGGACCCUUUUGUCGAUGGUUCAAGACAGCCGUGAGUCAGCUAUAUGGGGCAGAAAAAAACGGUGUUUCAGGUGAAGUAUCUUGUAUAGUUUUCUUUGCGAAUCGAACGGUAUUAUCAAAAAAAUUACGGAUGUGACUACUUUUGAAGAAAAACGCGAUUUUACUUUCGCGCCUUCAAAUUUGAAACAUGCUUUGGAUCGCUGUACGGACAACUGUUUACAGUAAAAAAAAAUUCAAGAGUUUCUUUCCUGAAAAAUCAAUUAGGAAAAAAAAACAAACCGAUAAAAAAUCAAGCCGAAUUCCAACCGAACGCUGUAUAAAAUUGCCAUUUUCCAAAUUUUUAUUAUCAAAACUUGCAAAUUUCAUAUGAAUAGAAAGCUUUCAAGGACCAAAAGAACUUUAGUGACAACAGAAAAAAUUGAAAUUUGAAAGAAACGAAGAAAAAAGCGAAAGUCCGAAAAAUGACGAUGCGUUUUGUCCAUAGAGCAACUUUACUGCAAAGCGCCCUUUUGGCGGGCACUCAAUCUUUCCUUUCUUCGACUUUGAAUUAUUUUUUCUCCGAAACUAGGAACUUCUGUACGUUUCCAAGUUCACCUUUCGAUUCGCAAUGAAAAGCUCUACAAAGUACUGCUUUGAACUGAAACACCGUUUUUUCCUGCCUCUAUGCCUUUAAAAAUAACAUUUUUUGGGCUUUUUCGAUAGGUUUUUCUUUGUUUGACGGGUUUAACUGUGUUGUCUUUCAUCUCUCCAAAUCUUUGAAAUAUAUGAAUUUUACAUCUUGUGAUUCUUUUUUCGCAUGAUAAACGGUUUUUUUCGAUUUUUACUUUUUUUCGUGUCCAUAUGCGUUUUUAAAUGCAAUACUUGUGAUUUUAAAGUUAAAAAAAAUUCAUUAUAACAAUCAGGAGAACCUAACAUUGCACUCGUUGUCGGCGAAAUUGAACAGGUAAAUCCGGUAAUCUUCUUUCGAAUCCCUGAUGUUCAGAAUGGUGAACGGAUCGUGCCGGAGAACCCCUUCGAGAAAGUCGACGAUUUUCAAAAAUGACCUUCUGACGUCUUCUUUCGGGAUUUUCAGCGUUAUCUGCAGGUUUCUUUCAUUUCAUACGAAUAUCCAGAGUGGUCCCUAUAGGGGUUAAGGGGAUGAACAGCCUCUAUAGGGGUCGAAAAAGUGGUCCCUAUAGAGGUAAAAUCAAGGGGGUCCUCAUAGGGGUUAGGGGAAAAAUAGAAGGAUUGAAAAAAAGUGCCCUGUAACGGUAAAAUCAAGGUGGUUCCCAUAGGGUUUUAGGGUCUGAUCCCUUGGCCCCAAAACCCUAAGUGGUUCCUAUAGGGAUCUUUCAAUUUCACUCAAAAAAAAAAAUUGGUUUAUUCUUCAGUUUUUCGCAUCUAGUUCCUAAAGGUUAUCGAUUAACAUGUCCCCUAUAGGGAUCAUUUUGCAAACUUUAGGGACCCCUAUAGGGGCUGGUAAAGUGGCCCCUAAAAAGACACUCCAAGGGCCCCUAACUUUUUCCCUAUAGGGACCACUCAGGAGUUCCUAAGAUUGUUGCGAAAGGCCGUCCUCAUAAGGAAGGUCAUUUUUUUACAGUUUAGAAUUUCCUGAAGGUUGGCCAGAACCCUCCUUGAUGAUGCAGAAGACCAUUCUGAAAGUCUCAAUCUCCAAAACACCCUAGUUUUCGAGAAAGGACACCUCAAAGUCAAAGGAAACUUUCAAAUGACAUAUUUUCAGACUUUGAACCUAUCUUUUUUGGAAAAUAAGAAGAUGUGCAGGUUGAGAUUUUCAGAAUCUUUAUCUGGUUCAUCAAAAAAUAUUCUGGCUAUUUUCCGGAAAAUCCACCCGCAAAGUGAAAUGACCUCCCUUGUGAGUACUUUUUGAAACAAAAAAAUCUUGGUUUUGGAAUUUUCAAAUUUUGUUUUUUUCAUUGGAGACUCCGACGCUUUUAAAAUUCUCAAAAAAAUAUUAAAAAAGAACUUUGACAAACCUGGCAUAAAACUAAGCGGUGAUUCCUUCGAAACGUCGUGAAAUUUGGAAGAAAAUCUAUCAAAUCCUCCAUUUCGUUAAUAAAUAGGUGAUCGAAAACCUGAAUACUUCAUUGCGAAUUCUUCAAAGCAAAAGCUUUAGUUGGAAAAUUGGCCAUUUCAGUAGUUUUUCAUCCAAUAUUUCUUCCAGUAACUCUGAUAAUUUUGAAACAAACUUACUUAGACCUCUAUAGUGGCCACUUAUUUUAAACACCUCAAGUGGCCACUAAUUUGACUACUAUAGUGGCCACUAAAACGUCAAAACCCAAUAGUGGCCACUAAAAAUGUUCCCAAUUACUCAAAAAAAAAAACUCACGAAUAUUUUCCGCUCCUUCAUUUGAUCGAUAAUUUCAAAGAAGGAUCCAUUGUCCAACUUCGAAACUUGUAUCAUUUCAAGGCCCUGUAGAUCCUUCUUUAUUAUUACUCAGUGAAAAAAUAACCUUGACUUUUUCAACGCUUUGCCUUGUAACCAGAGUAGCUUCACACUUCAAUGAUUGAAAAUACAUUGAUUCUACGAUAUCUCGUUCGACUUCCAAGUUUUUCGAACCACCGAAAAAUAGGAACGGCCAACACUGUCUUUUGCUAGCUACCUGGAAUUUUUUUUAGAAAAUUGGAAUUUCGCUAAAUGAGACGAGAACUAUAGUCUGUGUGCCACGACUUGAAAUUUCACGGAACGACAUUCCGCUGUUCCGCUGCGUGCGUUUGCGAAGCGUCUUUAGAAUCUAGGUCACGCCUUUCAAUUGAUUGUUAUUGCUGUGGGCGCACAUGAAAGUAGAGUCCCUUCAAAAAAGAAAAAAUUAAAAGCGCGACCCAGGUUCCCGCAGCGGCACAGCGGAAUGUCGUUCCGUGACAAUUCAAGUCGUGGCACACAGACUAUAACUAGAGAAGCUUUUUCAGCCCUAAGUGAAACUUUUGAUUAAACUUCUCUAAAAAGUACUAAAGACCUCCUGAUUUCCAAAAAUAUAUCUCGCAAUAAGUCUUUUUUUCUUAUUUAUGGAGCUUCAAAGUUUGAAAAAAAUGAGCGUAUUAUGAAAAAAAUCUUUUUGAGAGAUUUAACUAGAUGUAUUGUGAGAGUUUUUUGUUCUAGAAUCAGGAGGUACAUUUAAGAAAGUUUUCAUUUUAAAAAUUUUUGAAAAAAAGGCCUAAAAAGUUCUUCCCCAGUGAGAACAUUAAAAAAAUUUGAAAAAAACGCAAUUUUUUUCAAACAAGUUUCUUUGAAGGUCUAAAAAUGGUUUCAUUAAAUUCACGGCUAGCUUGGGACGCAAAAAGAGGCGUGGCCUGUCUGCGCUCUCCACUGAGCAGGCACUGUCUCUUUUUUUAUCGUGUCAGGACCCAAUUUUUGAUGACUUAAGCCAGAAUCAGCCAAAUAUAUAAAAGUUUUGCAUACUUACAUAUAAGGGAAGCAUAUUCAAACGACUAUCAUUUUUCCCAUAAGUUUCAAGUCCGAGAUAUGACGUCAUCAAACAACGAUCCACGACGUUUGGAAGUUUCCGAAGAACCUGGUUUCUAUCGUAAUCGUCGAAUUUUUUUAGUUACAAACCUUGAAUUUUUCGAAAUUCUUCAGAUACUUCACCAUACAUGACUUAGAAUGCCUGUAGAAUCCAACUCGAUCCUGUGAAUUUUUGUCUUUUCUCUUGAAUGAUGUCCACAGUUUAUAAUGACAAGUUGGAAAAAAAAACUGAAAGACAAACCAAACUGAUGACCCAUCGAACAGUGACAAAAUGGUAGAGGACGUAGCAAUAAAUGAAAAAAGGAACGAGAGACCGAAGGCUCAUCACGAUUUACUUCGAUUCUUCUCCGCUUCCCAGUUAGAUAUCCAUCGCCGGAACUUGUACGUCUCCGUUUUGAUCGAUUUUCAGAUAAUUCGAAGCAUUUUUUCCCCUGAAGCGUUGCAUAAGAAAGUCCUGAAAAUUUUCUAUUUUUUAUAAAAAUUCUAGUAGAAUUUUUCAUUUUCAGUAUGGGAUGAAAACUUUUCCGUCUUUUUCGAAGACAUGGCUUUUAUACGUCCCCCAAGCUGCUUUAUUGAAAUAAUACUUCAUUUUCAAAGAACUCAAUAAAAAUGAAACAAUGGUUAUUUGAAGUCGGAAACGAAUUUUCAACAUUCCUAUAAAAAUUGCCCGCAAAAAUCUUCUUUUUAGACCUAGUUCCCUAUCUACAAAUUAUUUUAAAAUUUAUAGGUUCAAUAAAAAUUGCUUCAUUGGAACUUGA